UCCUAUUCUAUUACGAUGAUGAUCGAGGUGAACAUGAACUUUUGUAAUGUCUAAUAAAACCCGAAUUUCAUUUAGGAUAGCUCAUAGCUCCAACUCUCGACAUCCUAAACCCGCCUUUCCAACCAUUUUAUCAAUUGCAACCUUAACAUUCCCACAACAGCAAAUACAGAUCAAGCUUUUUUUAGGUAUGAUCAAUUAUGUUAUUUUGUAGAAGUUUUGGUUAGGGUAAUUCACUAAUUUAGUAAUUUGGAAGGAACCUUGUGGAAGUGAUAGGUUUCAAUCAUCGGGCCCAAAAUGACAGCGGGCCGAGAGCCCAUUGGGGUUCUUCUUCCCUCGUGAGAUUACUACAAUUUUCGGUCGAACUACAGUAGACACGGCUCCGUCAAUCUCUCUCAUCAAAAGAAGUUCAGCUGGGAUUUCUCUCUCCGGCUCCGGCGUUCGUCAGUGUCAGCCAAAAUCGGCGGCGAGCUAGAAAGGGAAAUCAGGGGAAUUAAGGGAAGCUAAGCUGAAACGAUGUUGAAGUUUCUAUCGAAGGUGAGGAUAGAGUUCAACGCAUUGGACCCGCGCCUGGCAUCUUGUAUGGAGUUCUUGGCGCAGUGCAAUGCUCGCAAGGCCAAAGAAUCGAACCCGGCCUGCCAGGUCCAGGUCAAGCGCCGCACCGACGACCACCCGCCGCAGAUCACCGUCACUUUCGUCAACGGCGUCGAGGAGGUCUUCGACGGCACCCAGACUACUGCGCAGACGAUACGGAACAUGAUUCUGGAGAAAGGCCAGUACCUCGAGACGGAGCAAAUGUUUCGGGAAGCCGGGGAGAAAUGGCCGGUUGUCAUCCCUGAUGAAGAGCUCAGUAUGCAUGCUCCGGGAACCAAGCCGAGGAAAGCAGAAGACAAGAAGUGAAACCAUCCCUUUUCCAGCCAGCAUUUUUCAUCAAAGUUAUCAGCAGGAGUCAACUAAUCUCUCCAUGGGUUCGAUAAGAUCAUGGAUUAAAUUUUGCUGCUGUGGAUGCUUAUGCUUGUGAUUGGAUGAUCGUCUAUGAAAGAUUAGCAUACUUUUUUCAGUUCACUCAUCUGUAGGAAGUUGCUGAUGUUGUUAUUACUGUUUAUCAAGGUUCUUCAUGCAUUAUCCGACUCGAAACUAUGUGGUCCUUUCAAUAAAAAGCUGUUCUUGUGCAUUGAGUAGCUAUCUUAAUUUAGAAGCUGCAGUCCCAAAAAUGGAUAGAAUGAAUUGCUCUGUUGAUG